GAUUAAUUGAUCAAGCUGGUAUAUUGUUUAUGCCAAUUGAACUGAUAGGAGUUAAAGUGUUCUCGGCCUGUCUUUGUCCUGCUUUGACUUGACUGUCUUCUGCUUCAUGAAGUCUCUUCCUCUCUUGGCCAACAUCAGCAAGAGAGAGUUGUUGAUCACAUGAUGCAACAUUGCCCCAGUCAGUCGAGAAACUUUUGAUCAGGGAAAGGUAGAAAGCUGACAGCAGAUGUGUAAAGAUAUGAGUUUGCAGGAGAAGACUACACAUGGAAGAAGCUGCAACAAGUCGAUGCAAGUAGUACAUGGAAGAGAAGGGGGGUGCCAUUUAACCAUGCGCAAGCGUUUAGUCGCCAUGCAUGCAGGCUGUCAGAGCGAGUCUUUAUUCUUUGAUUUCUCUGAAGCUUGGCAGGCACGCGAGUCUUCAGUGACCACUGCUCCCUCGCCAUGUCUUCUUCUUACCCACUCGUUUUUGACCUUUCUUCCAAGCUUGAACUCCUGCUUUUUCUGCUCUCCUUCUCAUCACCUUUCGAGCAGCAGCGGAGUCCCAAUCCUUGUCUUCUUCUUCUCACUUGAUUUCCCUACUCAAUCACCUCUCUCUCUCUCUCUCUCUCUUUCUCUCUAUUUCAGUCACAUUAUUGACCUUUCAUGCUCUUCUUCCAAAUUUGAAGUCCAUGGAUUUCUGCUCACCUUCUCGUCACCUUUCAAAAGACAGCAAGUUCCAAUCUCUGCUUUUUCUUCUUCUCACUUGAUCUCCCUAUCAUUUCACCUUAAUAUCCUUCUCUCUCUCCACUCUCUUCAAUCAUACCAUUGACCAUUCACGCUCUUCCUCCAGCCAUUUCUGCUCAUCUUCUCAUCACCUUUCAAACAAUAGCAAAGUUCCAAUCCUUGUCUUCUUUUUCUCUUCUUUCUCUCCAUACACCCACUUCAUCUCCCUACUCUCUCUCUCUCUCUCUCUUCCUUUUCAUCUUCUUCCCUGCUUUCUUUCACAUGCAUACCUCUUUAACCUGUCACCUGCUCUGCUUGUGAACACUGUGAAGUAGAACAGACAACAACCAAAACACUCCCCACUCCUUCCCUCCCUCAACAUUGGUUUCCUUCUCUUCUCUCAAUUCUCUCGCCACAAUGCCAUCAACAUCGACGUCGUGCUCGCCUCCCGUUCCUAUCAGCAACAGAAGGGCACUACACCUGCCUUACUUCCCUCUUCCUUCCACUGCUCCAGCUGAGUCACCUUCCGCCUUGCCCAAGUACCCCUACUCCACCACCCCGCAUCAGCCGUUCUUCCCGUUAAACUCCUCCCCGCCGCCCCCACCGCCGCCUCCGCCUUCCCAACAGCCCACCUUCCCGGCCAACAUCUCCUCCCUCACCUUCCCUGGCUCCGCCCCCGCCCCUCCCUCCCGCCAGAGCUUUAAGGUCGUCGUCACCGUCCUCGUCCCCCUCCUCGCCAUUCUCGCCGCGGCGGCGGCGUUCUUCCUCCAUCGCCGCCGCCGUCGCCUUUUUUCCGGCAAGUACGACGCCCGGUCCGACUCCCAACGGCUCGUCCCCGCUGAAUCCACCGCAUCCGACGGCGGCGCACCCAGGCCCGCCCCCUCCGCCGCUUCUUCCUCCUCCAAAUUCCUCUACCUCGGCACCCUCGUCGACACCCGCCGCGACGGAGGCCCCCGACCUGGCGCAGACGGUAUGGUCGGAUCGUCCGUCCGGAAACUGGAGUCCCCGGAGCUCCGACCUCUCCCGCCACUUCCGCGCCAUUACCGGCACGGGUACGGGAACGGUGAGGCGGAGGGCUUGUCGGAGGACGAGUUCUAUUCGCCAAGGGGGUCCUCCGCCCGGAAGGAGAGCUCCGGGAGGUUGGCUUAUGGGCGGGCGUCGAGCUCCCGGCGGAUGUUCCCAACAGCAGCGGAGAAAUGUGGAUCCCUCAGCUGGAGAAUGAGCACGCCAUCAUACUCGUCGUCGAACAUGGCCUCAUCUCCUCGUUCGUCGGCGCGCUUCGGAUCGAGCCCCGGCCAAUCCACCCGCAGAUCAUUGAAGUCCCUCUCCGAGAGGUUUCUGACCCGAGAUCGCGAAUUACUUGCUCCGCCGCCGCCGCCACCACCACCACUUCCAGUCGUGGUCACUGCUGCCCCAGGACCUCAACAGAGCCGAGCUCCACCCCUACAGAUUCCUCCUCCUCCUCCCCCACUGCCGCCGGUCGGAUACUGGGAGAGUCAGGUCCGGCAGCCACAGGCAAGACAGCCACCGCUUCUCGUGCCACCCAAGCUCAAGACAGAGAAGAACGAGGAAGCCCAGCGGCCAAAGCUGAAGCCUUUGCACUGGGACAAGGUUCAGGCGAGCUCGGACAGAGCAAUGGUGUGGGAUCAGCUAAAAUCCAGCUCCUUCCAGGUGAACGAAGAAAUGAUCGAGACUCUGUUCGUCCGCAAUGCAACCAACGCCACACACAGGGAGACCAACCGGCGGCAGGUCCUUCCUUCGUCACCGCGAGAGAAGAGGGUGCUCGAUCCGAAGAAGUCUCAGAACAUUGCCAUUCUGAUGAGAGCAUUGAAUGUGACCAAAGAGGAAGUCUGCGAUGCUCUACAAGAAGGCAAUGCUGAGAGCUUGGGGACUGAGCUGCUGGAAACACUGGUAAAGAUGGCUCCCAGCGCAGAAGAAGAACACAGAUUGCAAGAACACAAAGAUGACUCCCCAUGCAAGCUUGCACCAGCUGAAGCUUUUCUCAAGGCAUUGCUUGAUGUACCAUUUUCAUUCAAGAGAGUGGAUGCCAUGCUUUACAUAGCCAAUUUCGAUUCGGAGGUCAAUUUUCUCAUCAAGUCCUUCGAGACUCUCGAGGCUGCCUGUGAUGAGCUGAGGAGCAGCAGGUUGUUCCUCAAGCUUUUGGAUGCCGUGCUCAAGACCGGCAACCGCAUGAACGUCGGCACCAAUCGGGGCGAUGCACGCGCCUUCAAGCUCGACACCCUCCUCAAGCUAGUCGACGUCAAAGCCGCCGACGGGCGGACCACGCUGCUGCACUUCGUCACCCAGGAGAUCAUCAGAUCCGAAGGCUCCACGGGUGCGCUACGGGACGAGCUCGAGGGCAGGAAGCUCGGCCUCCGGGUCGUCGCCGGCCUUGGCGGCGAGCUGGGUAACGUCAAGAAGGCGGCCGCGAUGGACUCCGCCACCCUCGGCAGCUACGUCGCGCGACUCGCCGGGGGGCUCGGCAAGAUCGACGAGGUCCUGAGAUUGAACGAAGCGCUCGGCGCGGAGGAGUGCAGGCUGGGGUUCCGCGACGCCAUGGUUCGGUUCUUGAAGAGGGCGGAGGACGACGUCAUAAGAGUGCAGGCACAGGAGAGCGUGGCGCUGUCGCUGGUCAAGGAGACGACCGAGUACUUCCAUGGCGACUCCGCCAAGGAAGAGGCGCAUCCUUUCAGGAUCUUCACGGUGGUCAGGGAUUUCCUGGCAGUCCUCGAUAAGGUCUGCAAGGAGGUCGCCAAGAUAAACGAGCGCACCACCGUCACCUCGGCACGGCAUCUCCCGGUGCCGAUGAACCCGACGCUACCGCCUUCUGCGUUUCCGAAGCUUCAUGCCCUGAGACAUGAAAGCUCUGAUGAGGGGAGCUCGUCGUCGUCGUCGUCGUCGUAGUGCGACACUGCACACUGCAGAUGUAAGUGACGGCAGAAAUGGAAUUAUCAGAGCUCUCUCUCUUUUUUUUUUGUAUUAAUAGGAUUUUAAUGUAAAAGAUUCUUUUUUUUAUGGAUUAUUUUGCUCCUAUCUGUACACAAGUUAGAGAAAAAUAAGGUUGACUUCAUUGACAUGCUUUGUAUAGUCUCUGCCAUCAAAGCUUACUUCCAAUGAGAUAUAUACACAGCU